GAUGGCGUGUCGAAAAAUCGUAUUAGUUAAAUAGUGGCUACUCUCUGAUAUUCAUUGUGAUUCAUUGUCAAAAAAGGACGUUUAGAUCUCCGUGUAUUAUAAUUGCUUGGUUAUAAUUCAACUAUUGUGUUUAUAUAAUCGUCACGAAAUGUUGCGUGUAAUUGCAAGACGAGUACAGGGUAUAACACUCGUUCCUAUACGGACAUUCAGCGCAGAGGCAAGUACUACUGAUCAACCCACGGUGAAUACUGAUGUUCCAGGUCUCAGUGAGAAUGUUGUUAGUGUACCAAACACACUUUCCACAAUACAUCUCUUUUUGUUUUGUCUAAUUGGACUACAUAUUCUUACAUAUAUUGCAUCAUUGCCUCUACCUAAUUUCCGUAGGACCCAACGCCUCAAAGGCUACAGAAUACAAGAAUCCCGAGUACUUUUGCUAUACCGUGGACUCGUUCGGGGAAGCUGAAGUAGAAUUGGCAAAGUAUAGAUUGCCAGCACCAUCUAAUAAGAUACCGUUCAACAAGUAAAUAAUAGAAUGAAGGCUUAUUGAUAUAGUAGGGAUGAAAUAAUGAAUUUAAUAAGUUAAGAAAAUGUACAAAAAAGAUGGCGAUAACGAGCUGUGUGUGUUCAAAACUGUUACAUAUAAUUUAAGAAAAAUUGUUUAAUAUUAUUUAGUUGCAUGAUCUUUUCCAUCGUUCUCAUCCUUGAAAAUGGAAGUGUGUUUUGUUGAAUGUCAUCAAGGCUGUUGCUUAUAAAAUGUAUGGAAAUGAA